AUGCGUGUGGCAGGUAGCGGGAGAAACGCAGCCUGGGGGCCGUCGCCACAGCCCGGCUGCUCCAGUCGGCUGUCAUCACCACGUCUUCCUCCUCCUCCUCCUCCACCUCCUCUUCCUCCUCCUGAAGCACCUAGCCCCCGCCGCCGCCAGCAGAAGGCGCUCCCACUGGUGCUGCUCGGCCUGCGAGUCACGCCGAAGGAGGAGAUCGGCGCGUCACCUGCCGACCUCGUUUACGGGCAAUCUCUGACAAUCCCGGGCGAUUUUGUCGAAGAUGCAAGUCUCCCACGCGACGCCGUGGCACCCACUCUGGCGGAACGUCUGCGCAGUCACAUGGCCGGCCUCCGAGCGCACGCACCGACGCGGCACGGCACCGGGAAGAUAUUCGUCCACGCCGACCUGCAGCGCUGCACGCACGUCAUGUUGCGUACCGACGCAGUACGGCCACCUCUCCGACCGCCCUACAGUGGGCCGCACCGCGUGAUCGCCCGAGGAGACAGAACGCUGGUCCUCGAGUGCAACGGAAAGCCGUCGACAGUGUCAGUCGACCGCGUCAAACCAGCCUACGUCUUGCCCGCUCCAUCAGCCACGCAUUUCUUCGACCCGGCAGAAGAUCUGUUCACGGACGACACUCCCUCUGCCAGCGGUCAGACGGAACCCGCACCCGGAGCCGCCGGUGACGCACAGCUGCAGCCUGCUGUCAUCGCGCCGCCACGUGCGCCUCCCACCACCACGCCCAGGCAGCUGGUACGGCCGCCCGGACCGCGCCCACCACAGGCGCACCGGUCGCCCCCACCACAGCCGCCAGCGGACUACGUCACGCGCGCCGGCCGCCGCGUCCGAUUCAAACGGCCGUGCUGCGUCGCCAGCGCGCCACGACACCCAAACCGGCAAUCACGCGUCUGA